AAAGGCUUCUGAUUCAACCAACGUGUUGCUUUGCUAGCGAACAUAAAGUUGAGUCUUUGAAGCUCUUUAGACCAAUCUUGUGUAUAUUACUCUUAGUGUUUUGAAUAUAAUUAUGUUUACCCAUCUACUAGUUCAUUUUAACGCCAUUUGCACGUUAAAUUAGCAAAUGUGUUACUAAAUUGAUACUGCAUUAGGCUAAUCGACCGGAGCAUGAGCUCACAAAGCUCGACCGAGAAAGAAGCUCUGGUGAAAGGAGAGGAAGAAGCUUUCAGGAUGAAAAGGGAGGAAGAGGAGGCUAUCAUAUUGAAAGAAGAAGAGGAUGAUAUUACAGUGAAAGAGGAAGAUGGGAAAGAGGUUGUUAAAGUGGAAGGGGAGGAGGUAGAAGCUUUCAGAAUCAAAAACGAGGAAGAUGCCAUAACAUUGAAAGAAGAGAAUGUAGUGAAAGAAGAGGAAGAACCUUUUAGAGUAAAAGAGGAAGAGGAGGCUAUCUCAAUAAAAAAGGAGGAAGACGUUUUGGGAGUGAAAGCGGAGGAGGCUGAAGAUCAGAUUACCACCAGAGAGAGACGUGACUAUCGUGGAUCCUCUGGGGAGCAUCAACAACAUCCUGAUGCUGACGAGGAAGAGAAGAGUCUCUCCAGAUCAGAACAUCAGAUGGACAAUGCUAGCCCUUCCAGCCUCCCGGAGUCCAUGUGUCGUGCCUCUCCCGGUAGCACCUUACUGCUGGGUAUGAAGAGGUUGUCUGUGCUGCUGGUGGACUGCAGGAAAACAACGGGGCUGAGUGGAACUGUGAGAGGAGGAGAAGAGAAGAAAGGAUCAGAUUUGACACAUCAAAGAGAAAGACCAGACUCAGUGGAACCAGAGCCAGGGACGUCCAAACCCGCAAGACGACACCAGUACUCCUACUGUGGAAAGGGUUGUAACCGGUUAUGGGACCUGAAACAACAUGAAAAAAUUAACACAGGGGAGAAGCCUUAUCACUGCUCCCAGUGUGGCAAGUGUUUUAACCAGUUAGGGAACCUGAAACUACAUGAGAGAAUACACACAGGGGAGAAGCCUUACCACUGCUCCCAGUGUGGCAAGUGUUUUAACCAGCUAGGGAACCUGAAAAGGCAUGAGAGAAUACACACGGAGAAGCCUUACCACUGCUCCCAGUGUGGAAAGUGUUUCAACCAGUCAGUGGAGCUGAAACGACAUGAGAAAAUACACACGAGGGAGAAGCCUUACCAGUGCUCCCAGUGUGGAACGUUUUUCUACUGGUCAGGGGAUCUGAAAAAACAUGAGAGAAUACACACAGGGGAAAAGCCUUACCACUGCUCCCAGUGUGGAAAGAGUUUUAACCAUUUUUUUAACCUGAAAAGACACAAGAGAAUACACACGGAGAAGCCUUACCACUGCUCCCAGUGUGGAAACUGUUUCAACCAGUCAAGGAAGUUGAAACAGCAUGAGAGAAUACACACAGGGGAAAAGCGUUACCACUGCUCCCAGUGUGGGAAGAGUUUUAACCAUUUACCUAACCUGAAAAGACAUGAGAGAAUACACAUGGAGAAGCCUUACCACUGCUCCCAGUGUGGAAAGUGUUUUGAGCGGUUAGGGAACCUGAAACAACAUGAGAGAAUACACACAGAGGAGAAGCCUUAUCACUGCUCUUGUGGCAAGUGUUUUAACCAGUUAGGGAGCCUUAACCCUUACCACUGCUCCCAGUGUGGCAAGUGUUUCAACCAGUCAGUGAAGCUGAAACGGCAUGAGAGAAUUCACAAAAUAAUUCACGGGGAGAAGCCUUACCACUGCUCCCAGUGUGGCAAGUGUUUUAACCGGUUAGGGAGCCAAACUAGUGAGAGAAUACACACAGGGGAGAAGCCUUACCACUGCUCCCAGUGUGGCAAGUGUUUUAACCGGUUAGGGAACCUGAAACAGCAUGAGAGAAUACACACAGGGGAGAAGCCUUACCACUGCUCCCAGUGUGGAAAGUGUUUCAACCAGUUAGGGAACCUGAAACAACAUGAGAGAAUACACACAGAGCUAUCUAGAGAAAGACCAGACUCAGUGGAACCAGAGCCAGGGACGUCCAAACCCGCAAGACGACACCAGUACUCCUACUGUGGAAAGGGUUGUAACCGGUUAUGGGACCUGAAACAACAUGAAAAAAUUCACACAGGGGAGAAGCCUUAUCACUGCUCCCAGUGUGGCAAGUGUUUUAACCAGUUAGGGAACCUGAAACUACAUGAGAGAAUACACACAGGGGAGAAGCCUUACCACUGCUCCCAGUGUGGCAAGUGUUUUAACCAGCUAGGGAACCUGAAAAGGCAUGAGAGAAUACACACAGAGAAGCCUUACCACUGCUCCCAGUGUGGAAAGUGUUUCAACCAGUCAGUGGAGCUGAAACGGCAUGAGAAAAUACACACAAGGGAGAAGCCUUACCAGUGCUCCCAGUGUGGAACGUUUUUCUACUGGUCAGGGGAUCUGAAAAAACAUGAGAGAAUACACACAGGGGAAAAGCCUUACCACUGCUCCCAUUGUGGAAAGAGUUUUAACCAUUUACCUAACCUGAAAAGACAUGAGAGAAUACACACGGAGAAGCCUUACCACUGCUCCCAGUGUGGAAACUGUUUCAACCAGUCAAGGAAGUUGAAACAGCAUGAGAGAAUACACACAGGUGAAAAGCGUUACCACUGCUCCCAGUGUGGGAAGAGUUUUAACCAUUUACCUAACCUGAAAAGACAUGAGAGAAUACACACGGAGAAGCCUUACCACUGCUCCCAGUGUGGAAAGUGUUUUGAGCGGUUAGGGAACCUGAAACAACAUGAGAGAAUACACACAGAGGAGAAGCCUUAUCACUGCUCUCAGUGUGGCAAGUGUUUUAACCAGUUAGGGAGCCUUAAACGGCAUGAGAGAAUUCACAAAAUAAUUCACAAAGGGAAGAAGCCAUACCACUGCUCCCAGUGUGGCAAGUGUUUCAACCAGUCAGUGAAGCUGAAACGGCAUGAGAGAAUUCACAAAAUAAUUCACAACGGGGAGAAGCCUUACCAGUGCUCCCAGUGUGGCAAGUGUUUUAACCGGUUAGGGAGCCUGAAACUACAUGAGAGAAUACACACAGGGGAGAAGCCUUACCACUGCUCCCAGUGUGGCAAGUGUUUUAACCGGUUAGGGAACCUGAAACAGCAUGAGAGAAUACACACAGGGGAGAAGCCUUACCACUGCUCCCAGUGUGGCAAGUGUUUCAACCAGUUAGGGAACCUGAAACAACAUGAGAGAAUACACACAGAGCUAUCUAUCUGAUAGAACUCAGAGGGUUUUUAAUGGAAGCUUCUCUAAUGUCAAACAUAUAAAGUGUGAUGUACCGCAGGGCAGCUCUCUAGGCCCUCUACUCUUUUCUAUUUUUACCAAUGGCCUGCCACUGGCAUUAAACAAAGCAUGUGUGUCCAUGUAUGCUGAUGAUUCAACUAUAUAAGCACCAGUAACCACAGCUAAUGAAUUCACUGAAACCCUUAACAAAGAGUUGCAGUCUGUUUUGGAAUGCAUGGCCAGUAAUAAACUGGUCCUGAACAUCUCUAAAACUCAGAUCAUUGUAUUUGGUACAAAUCAUUCCUCAAGUUCUAGACCUCAGCUGAAUCUGGGAAUGAAUUGUGUGGCUGUUGAUCAAGUUGAGGAUACGAAAUUACUUGGCAUUACCUUAGAUUGUAAACUGUCAUGGUCAAAACAUAUAGAUUCAAUGAGAUGCUCUGCUUUUUUGACACUACUCUCCACAAAGCAAGUUCUGCAGGCUCUAGUUUAGUCUAAUCUUGAUUAUUGUCCAGUCGUGUGGUCCAGUGCUGCAAGGAAAGACCUAGUAAAGCUGCAGCUGGCCCAGAACAGAGCGGCUGUCACGC